CAGUUUUUUGUUGAGGCACAAUAAUGAUGGGAAUCUCGUGGCUGGUGAUUAUCGUGGGCGUGUCCAGCUGUUGGGCUGCGGACUACGAACUGGUGCUCGAGAAUCCGGACAUAUUCUCGCCCUGCACUGAAGGACCACCGGGUUCGAUUGAGGUGCCCCAGGCCCUGGACCUGGACCAGCUGGAGAUCAUCCAUGAUGGUGAUACGCUCCACGUGUCGGGCAAUGCCACCGUAAAGUGGGAUGUAAAUCCCAAAGAUCGGAUAACAGGGAAGCUGGAGGUGUUUCACUUCAGUCGCGGAAGCUGGGAGCCGACUGUCUUCUCCAUGGUUUCCCAGGAUUUCUGUACCAUUAUGUACGACAGGAAUCAGUACUGGUAUAAGAUGUGGACUGCCUACAUCUCCAAUCGUGCUGAUGUCGAGAAGAAGUGCAUCAAUACCCCGGGUACCGUUCUGGUCCAUGAGCCCUUCGACUUGAACCUAAGGGUUCAGAAUAUUCGGGGACCUACUCUUCGGGGACGUCACAAGCUAGUUAUAGUAUUUAAUGCCCUGGACGAAAGGAACAUUCCGCGCGCAUCCCCCAUUUGUUGUGAGAUCCGAGGAGAGUUCAUAAAAAUCAAUUAGUGGAUUCAACUACUUUGAUGGCUAAAUAAAGGAUAUAAUCUAA